UCCUUUCUGCUUCAUUUUAUGUUCAAUCUUCGAUUUGUUAGAUUUGGCCACUUUGAUUUGUUGGAAAGCAUCAUUUGUUUGCUCCAACUGGCGUUCAUCGGCUUCUUGAUCGAUAGUGUUUGUUUCGUUGCUUCAACUAGGAUUUAGUGCCUUUUUAAUAUCUGGAACACACCGAUUUCUUUCCAAUACAAGGAUUUUCUACCUAUUGUGAUUCAAUUAUGUGGUUGUGCGCUGUUGAAAGUUCGUCUCAGCAAAAUGCUCUCCGAUGGGCAUGUUCAUUAUUUUGUGGUACUCUUCAAAAUGACUCCAAAGAAGCUCAAAUUUCCGAGAAAAUAUAAGAUAGUUUUGUUUGCUUUCUGUUAAAUUGCGAUGAAAAUGCUUUGGGAUGGGAUUGUUACGCCUGCUGUCUCAUAGAUACAUGCAAUGGAAAACUUGGCACAGUUGAUGUUUUUGGUUUAAAAAUAGUGCUAGUCCUGAAAGCUGUAUAGUACCUGUUCUUUAGUGUCAAAUUUGUUUACAUGAUGGAGAAAGAGAAGUCCCAGGAAACUGGUGCAGUUAGUGAAGAAAUUUGCUUAAGCAUGCCUACAGAGAAUGAUGCCAAAUCAAGGAAUGAAGACUCAUGUCAUGGCAUAGACAAGGAGGCUGGUAUGGUGACUUGUCGUGUUUGUCAAUGUAGUGAACCAGAUAGAAGAGGAAAUGUUGCACUAGGAUUCUUAGGUAUUUCUCCACCACCCUGCAGCCUGAUUAAUGGCAAUGAAGAAUUGAAUUCUGAAUCGAAAGCUGCCUCAUUCAAUAGUGACAACAUUUCCUACCGGAAAAGUGAUUUAAAAGGCUCUGACUUGGUUGAGUUUAUUAGUCCGACAGGAGAGGUUUUUGUUUGUACUACUGAUGUAGAGUUAGGCUUUGAUGAAAACCAUGACAGGCUAUUUGACCUUGGAUGUGCUUGUAAGAAUGACCUUGCUAUAGCACAUUAUGCUUGUGCUCUUAAGUGGUUUAUCAAUCAUGGGUCAACUGUCUGUGAAAUUUGUGGUUCUGUGGCCACAAACAUAAGAUCUGCAGACGUAAAAAAGAUAUUGGCUUCUUUGAAAGAGUAUGAAGCAUUAAGAGAAAGAAUUGUUAAUGGUGAGCCCAAUCCUGCACCAUGUCAAACACAUUUUGGUGUAGAUCCUGAUGCUGUUGCUGCAAUUCGAAGGCAAAGAUUGAGUGAAAUUUCCUUGUGGUUUAAUCCACAUAACAACAGCUCUGUCACUGUGUCCCAGGUGGUGAGCGAACAACCGUCAGUUAAUACGGUUGUGGAAGAGCCUGGCUCUGAAGAAAAUACUGCUACUAAAUGGGCUGUGGAGGGUACUGGUAUCCUGCUUGCGACAGGCCUACUGACUGUUACGCUUGCAUGGCUUCUUGCACCUCAUGUUGGAAAGAAAACUGCCAGAAAUGGCCUGCAUAUUCUUCUUGGCGGUGUCUGCGCACUCACUGUUGUAGUUUUCUUCCGCUUUUUUGUGCUGACAAGAAUCAAGUAUGGUCCUGCUCGGUACUGGGCUAUCUUGUUUGUAUUCUGGUUUCUUGUGUUUGGAAUAUGGGCAUCCCGAACUCAUGGAGCUCACACAACAUGAUCCUUUCCCUCAAUUAUUUUCUUGUGUCAUAUGGCUUUAGCUCUUUGUCAAUUAUAGAGUCCUAUUUUUUUUUUUUUUUUCUGUCCCAUUUGUGUGAUUGUGAUUGUGAGUGUAUAAUCAAUCAUGAGAUACUUGUGCACUUGAUUCAUGGAUCCUCAUGUUCCUAUAAGAGCGUAUAUUAAAUCGCUUCUCCA